AAAGAACAGAAAACAUCAUUUAUUCACUUUAUUUCAACAUUGAAAUAGGUGAUGGGUGACGAUAAGCUCAAAUAUGUACUUUUAAUAAGCUAUGUGUCUGCAGUGAUGUGUCAUUCUUGGCUCACUUGCACUGACUAUCUGGAGGAGAACGGUGAAUACUGGAAUAAAAACAUUUGCAGAGCAUGGCCAAGACAUGCUCAUAGGUUUGCUCAUCGAGAUGGCCAACAUGGAAGUGACACAGGUUUCGAUGUCAAUAAUCCUCCUUCACAUGCACCAUGUAGGACUUCCCGUGAUGACUCCAGCUAUGAUAGUCUCCACCCAAUGGCAGUCUACUUCCCAGGACAAAGAAUUGUCAUCACUCAUCCUACCAAAAACCAUGUUGUCGAUGUCAGAUGCACCAAUAAGUAUAUACCCGACAAUGGCAAUUUCAUCUACGUUGGCCCAAGAAAUGGAAAUGAUGAUCCUUCAUUAUCAGUAUUUAAACAAAACUUGGUGGUUGAUCUUGGAGUCUCACCUUUCGGGCAUCAUAUAAGUAAUCAGAUGACCAUGACAUAUCCAAAACCAGGUUUCCAGAAUGCACCAAAGUUUUGUGAGAAUCCAGACAAAGCUCUUGGUACAUACGCUUUCAACUUGCCUAGUGACUUUCAACCAGGGAGAUAUACCUUCCUAUGGGCUUGGUACUUCAAUGGGAAGAAUGAUCUUUACACUGGAUGCUGGGAAGCUGAUGUAGUUGCAUCGAGAGCUGAUCGUGAUCACAUUUUAAGGCAAAGAAAACAAAGUACAAGUGAUCCAGUGAACAUUGCUGGUGAUAACAGAGUACCUGUAGCACCAACUCAGCCUGUACCACCAACUGAGCAGAUCAAUGGUGGUUGGGGCAGCUGGUCUAGUUACACUCACUGUUCAAAGCCAUGUGGAGGACAACAGACCAGAACACGUAAUUGUGACAAUCCUGUUCCUCAAAAUGGUGGACGAUUCUGUAAGGGUAAUAACCAAAACCAGAGAGCAUGUAACACCCAUUCAUGUACAUCUGGAAACAAUGACAACAAUGACAGAUUUGAUGAUCUUAAAGCAACAUAUACUGCCAAGUGGAACUCUGGGUUUAAUGGACGGAUAUUAAUCCCAGCCAAAAAGCCAUCUAGACCCUGGGUUAUUGUCCUUGAGUUUCCAUGUGUCCCAGAUUCGUUCAAUACAUGGCAUGCAAAUGAUGUAACUCCUCAGUCAGAUAGAAGCAAAGGAAAGUUUACAUUGAAGCAGUCUGGUUGGCAGCUUGAGAAACCAGACAUUGGCUUUAGUGUGAAUUACCCAUGGAAUAAUAGGUGUAAAAACAAAAGUGCCAAUGAUAUCAAGGUAUCUGUUGUCUACUCAUAGAAGUAAACAAUUUAGACAUUUGUUUUAUACUCAUAAAUGAAUUAGAUGUGAUAACAUGUAUGUUCAGGUUGGCUGUUCAAGAUGUAAAUGAAAAAUAAAAGAUACAAACUUUAUAGAAAUUAAAAAUUAAUAAAACAAGUUUUGUAUAAUAUCAUAUUUGCCAUUUUGAAAGAAUUUACAAGAAUCGAGCCCAUUGGGACAGUCAUUUUUAAACACAUUGAAAGUGUGAAACAAUCUUAAAGGAUUUGAAUUUAUAGUUGGUUAUAAUAAAGUAUUACACAAUAUCAAACAAAUCAUCUUAUAUUUAUCCUGACUAGUGAAAUUUUAAUGCAAUCAUGCAUUACACAACAUCUUUUGGAGAUCAUCAAGUGUUUCUUACCCACCUAAAGAAGUAUUAAAAUAUGAUUGAUGUGA